GGUAACUAGGUAGAACAACAAACACCACAAUAAGUAGGAAAAUGUUAGAGAAGUGCCAGUCCUGGCUUAGGCCUAAGAAACACUAGGCCUAGGCACCCAGCAGUAGCUAACAUUAAGAUGCCUGGGAAGCGCAAGUCGACUCCAAAGUGGAUGUGUGAUGAGAAACGCAAAUGUCUCUCGUGGAACAUGCUCGCAAGUGAGGAUCGACCGGCACCUAGGCCUAGCGGUAGCAACUCACAUGUGGAGAAAGAUGCCAGCCACUUUAACGAUCCAUUCUCAGUUGCUAAUAUAUCACAAGCUAAUGUUCAAAGCACUCAAAGCCACCAAGAAGAAACACUCCAUCCGCAUGAUUUAAGCUACCGCCAGUACAAAGCAUUAUGGGAUGCCGCCGAUUACAGUAUAACGAUACAUGAUAAGUCUCCAUCAAGAAGCAUAUUCGAAUUAGGAACAUUCACACUUCAACUAAGUUCACACUUAUCUGUAUGCUGCCCUCUAGAUGGUUCAUCAGUUGAGUUACCAAGAACUCUUCCAUCUCACAAUAUAUUUUCUUUAUUUGCUGUGACAUUCAAUAGAAAACGUGAAUAUCACAUUAUCUUUGAUAACCAGUCUAACGAUGAAAAUGUCAACUGCAAUGGCCCGUAUGUGUGCUUUGAUGCUCGAUUUGAAACAGAAUGCAAAGAUGCGUAUUUAGACGACUUGGAGGUUCUUUGUCGCAUUUCAAAGGGAACGCACUUCAAUGUGACAAAGGGCGUUUACUGCGCUGAGAAAUCAUCUUUAGACCUUACGGUUUGGAUUACUGAUUGUGCCUUGAAAACUCCAAAGUUUGGUGCCGAGUCGAACAAAGGUUUUCGAUAUCAGAAAAGUGUGCAGUCCGUGAUGGAAUGGCUACAGGGCAUUCCUAUUGAAGAUAUAGGAUUUGUAAAACGACAGAGACAGGACUUUGACCAGGUUUUUAGUUUUGUACGGCAAUUCCACAAGGAGGAAGAAAAACAAAGACUACCAUUAAUGGAGGGUCUUCAACACAAGAACCUUGUUCCCAGGCUGAGAGAAUACCAGAAAGAAGCGAUUCAAUGGAUGAUUGGAAAAGAGAAACUAAUAAAUGAAAAUACCAAACAAAAUAGACUACAUUGCUUAUGGAAAAAAUUGAAUUCCCAAGGCACUCCACUCUAUUACAAUGCUGUCAGUGGGAUUUUUACGCAGGUGAAGUUUCUACAACCAGAGCCAUUCCCAGGUGGAAUACUAGCAGAUGAAAUGGGGCUUGGUAAGACAGUAGAGGUCCUUGCAUUGAUAUUGAACCACAAAAGAUCCCACCAGAAUCCAACAAUAUCUGAUCCAACACAAAAUGAACCUGUUGAGUCUUGUACUGGAAACAGUCUCAAUGAUGCAAAUAAAGAUUUGUCACAGAUUGGUAUUAAGAAUCUGGAUGCAGAGCCUGAUGAAACAAACAAAAGUAACUCGGAAACAAAUCUAAGUGAUUCUGGAAAUAUGUUAAGUGAUGGAGAUUCAAAAACAGGAUGUGAAAUCAACACGACUGUAGAUACCUGUCUAUUAACUGCAGUACCCGAGAGUGGUGUAGACUUAAUCAUGAAUGGACCUCAUUUUGAGAGUGAACCUGGCAACCCAGUCUGUGGUGUUGAACCUCAGAAGUCCAGGACAUUGCAAUGUGCAUGCGGUGUUAGACAGGAUGUUUCUGAUGAGGUUGUACAGUGCAUUAGAUGUAAUAUAUGGCAGCACACCAAAUGUGUUAACUUUGAUACAAACAUCCUGGACAAAGAAGACUACUACUGUCCUCAUUGUUGGUCCUUGACGGAUGCUGUUAAAUCGUCUGCAACCUUGAUUAUCACACCAACCUCUAUAUGUCAUCAGUGGGUCGAUGAAAUCAAUCGGCAUAUCAACCUGUCAGCAAUUAAGAUGUUGAUAUAUAAGGGAGUGAAGAAAAAUGGCUAUAUUCAACCAAAAGAUUUAGCUUCAUAUGACAUUGUAAUUACAACGUAUGAUACGCUUAGCACGGAAUUGAACUACGUGGACUUGCCGCAUACUAACGACAAAACUGGACGCAAGUUACGUCAUGCUAAGCGGUACAUGGCUACUCCUAGCCCUCUGCCUUGCGUAGAAUGGUGGCGAGUGUGCCUUGAUGAAGCCCAGAUGAUAGAGUCACCAACAGCUAAGUCUGCUACAAUGGCAUUGCGCCUUAAAGCUGUUAACAGGUGGUGUGUCACAGGAACUCCUAUACAGCGUAAUAUGGAUGAUCUUUAUGGUCUUUUCUUGUUCAUUGGCAUUGAGCCCUACUGGGUGAAAUACUGGUGGGAUCAGCUUCUUUGCCGACCGUUCUAUUGUGGGAAGACACGACCCAUCCAAGAAGCGGUUGCCAAGGUGUUAUGGAGAACAUCUAAGAAAGAUGUCAUUGAUCAGAUCAAUCUUCCUCCACAAACAGAGCAGUGCCAUUGGUUAAAAUUUUCUCCGGUUGAGCAGCACUUCUAUAAGAAGCAACACAAUGACUGUAGUGGGCGUUUCAUGAAGGCAUUUAAGCACCUUAAGCAGGGAGAUCUGGAUGUUAAGCUUUGUGACGUUGACAGAGACACUGUUCAAAAGCUCCUGUUCCCUUUACUUCGUUUGAGGCAGGCCUGUUGCCAUCCACAAGCAGUUCGUGGACAAUUUGUCCCAUUACAGAAGGACUUUCUGACAAUGGAUCAACUACUAACAUCCUUACAAGAAAAGGCUAAAAUCGAGAGCGAGGAGUGUCAUCGACAGUUGGUGUGUUCCCUCAAUGGUUUGGCAGCAGUCCAUAUCAUAAAAUCUGAGGUUGCCGAAGCAGUUGAAAAGUAUCGUGAGGUGCUUCGUUCUUCAGAAGAAUUUAAGGAGAAGCUGCGUACUGAUAAACUGCAACUGUACCAUGCUAUGGUCAACUUACGUAAACUCCUGGAUACCACACCAGAGGGAGUCAAUCCUACCUUGCGAGAUCAUCAAUUGCGAGAUUUAGCCUCUGAAAUCUAUGACGGUUACAUGGCUAAAGCAUUAGUAAAAGUAAAUAGUGCUAAGGAAGGUUUGAAGCCAGUGCAAGACAAGAUCCAUGAACUAGCUUCAAAGAUUCCAGUUAGUUCUACUUGGUGGUUGGAUGCCAUUGACCUUUUUCAAAAACUAGGCAUAGACGAUGAGAUUACCAGUAGAGUGAAAGCUGAUUUGGAUGCUAAUGCAACUGCCGGUGUUAUAAGCCUAGUGAACAGAUUUAGGAACUUGCCUGGUCUUCAGUUUCUGCUUGUUCGUCAUUUGGACCUCUUGGAAGAAAAGCGUAAAGCCGUAUGUGAAGCAGUCAACAAGCUGACCUGUGACCCCAAUGAAGAGUUGCUGCAACAGUGUAUUGAGUGUCACUUGAGGCCCUUUAAUGGAGAAGAACAACAAACUUGCCCCUUUUGUGAAGCACAUAAACUGUUCACUGAAUAUGAAGUCCAACUCUUUGCCUUUAAUUCUUCUAUUGAAGACUUAAGUAUACUGCCAUCAACUGGGCCAAAGAGACCACAGGGUACAUGGGCCAUGAGUGAGAUUGAGCGAAUACUUCGUACUUUGCUUUCAUGUUGUAAGAAUGUUAAUUUAGAUGAUGAUGAUGGACUUGUAGAAAGUGGAACUGUUCAUGUUCAAAUGCUGGAGACAUACAGGAAAGAAUUCAAGUUGGUGCGUGUUGUAUGGAUGACACUUCGUGAACGUGUUGCUGCCAUGGAUGAGUUAGAGAUGGCCACAAUGCGCCUCCGGAUACGGUUACCAUGGGAACCAGUUGACCCAUCGACAGAGAAUUAUGUAAUUGAACCAGGGCAGGUCGAACAACAGCGCUUCAAACUGCUGAAUGAUUACGCUCUUGCCAACAAUGAGUUACGUAGAAAACUAAGCCAGCAGCUGUACCUCAGUAACUUAGCAACAUCAGACUACAGUAAACAAGGAGGGGAAAACCCAGAACCAUGUCCUGUAUGUGUUAAUUCUCUGGGUUGCCAGUGGACUGUGUUACAAUGUGGCCAUUGCUUCUGCCAUGAAUGUAUGGCUGUUCUUAUCAAAGGCUACUCGUCUGUCGGUCGACGCAAGUCCCUCAGGUGCCCUACAUGCAGAACAUCUACUUACGUGGAAGACAUAUCAUAUGUCAGCACGCAGUUGAGUGCGCAAGAUCUUGAAGAAAAUGGUGUGAGAGUUAGGGGUGGACAUUCAACCAAAGUGGAAGCAGUUAUAAGAACAUUACUGAAUAUUCAGAUGAAGGAACCUGGGGUCAAGUCUAUUGUAUUCUCUACGUGGACAGAUGUGUUAGAAGUAAUAGCCCGUGGUCUCCGUGACAACAACAUUGAAUAUCGCUCAAUCCAAUAUGGUGGACAUCCACGAUUCCAGGCAAAACUUAUGGAUUUCAAACACGAUGAGAAAGUAACAACUCUACUUCUUCCCGUCCAAUCAGGAGCCAAAGGACUAAAUAUAAUUGAAGCAACUCACGUCUUGUUGGUUGAACCAAUUUUAAAUGUAGCUAAUGAGCUUCAAGCUAUUGGAAGAGUUCAUCGUAUUGGACAAACUAAGCCAACCGUUGUGCAUCGUUUCUUGAUACAGAAUACGAUAGAAGAGCGUAUACAAGCGAUGUUGCAAACAACAUAUAACAGCACAUCUGUGGAUUCAACUGAAUUGGAACUAGGAGGCUUAAGUCUGCAUGAUUUGGAAGACAUUUUUUCUGAGAUACACAUUGAUCAGCAGUCAAAUUACCACAAAUCAACAGCAUCACUCGGUAGACCAGACGACGCUAGCUCCUCAUUUGGUGGACCGGAUAAAGUUGGAUCAUCUUUCGGUAGACCAGACGAAGUUGGCUCCUCAUCUGUUGUUAAAUUAGAUGAUGUCCCAUCAACAUCAACAGACCCCUAAUCCGGCCUAUCCGGUGUACCUGGCUCUUCUUGAACACUUUCUGUUACUUUCCUUUCCAACCGAUAUUUUUGAUAUUUUGUUUACUAACUCAUAAAAGUGAGGAAAGGUUGAAAUGCCACCUUAAUCAGCAAUUUGUAUUUAUUUAUUUUAUACAUAAGUAUACAGUUUAUGUGUAUGGACACAUAAACAUUUUUUCGUCCUUUUUAAAACAAUUUUAUAAAAUUAUAAAAUGUAAUAAACUAAGGAAAUGCAUGCGAGAAGAUAGUUUUAAAGCAUUUGAAUAUGAUAGUGAUGAAAGUAGCUAAGUUAGAAGCCAGACAAUGGCAGGAAAACAUGGGGAUUGCAAUCUGAAAGUAAAUGUUGAUAUUAAUAUAAUUAUGUUAAAUCUAUUUAUUGAAAGUGAGGAAAGAUAUAAGAAAGGAUGAUUUUUAAUGAUUGUAAUAUAAUAAUAAUAAUUUGCAUAUUCCAGUGUAUUACAUAUCAAGUUAGGCUCUUUUUUUUAAAUAUUAGUGCAGGUUUUUGAGGGAUUUGGUAAGCUGGGCACUCCCUGUGACGGUCAUCGGCUGACGCAAUUCUAUGUAGAACGCAACGCGACAACGCAUGCGCAGCGGAUCGUUUUUAAUGACGAUCCAUUCAGACUGCUGACAGUCGGCAGGCGGUGUUGUGUUGCCUAGCGCUCAAAUAGCGGAGUUGGGUCGUCGUACAUCGCAGUGAGUGCCCUGCAUAAGUAAUCUAUUUCCUAAGUUUUAUUGCUUUAGUUUGACUUAUUAUACAGUUAUUAGAAAAAAAAUAAAGAAAAUCCCACAUCAAAGGAUAAGAAAACAUUAAUCUCAACCUCAAUUUCUAAUAUUGAGAAAUAAAUUAGGAAAGAUGAUUUUUAAUGAUUUUACUUAUGAUGAUAUAAAUAGCCAUGUUAGGAAUGACCAGUAACAAGACAAAUUAGAGAAGCAUUUUGCAACUUUUCAUGUUAUUUAUCGCAUGUUGAUAAAUAUAGUUUGCAUUUAUUUACAUACAGUAUUUGCAUAUUUGAUAAAAAUUUUCAAAACUUUGCCUGUACCUCUUUUUACUUUAAUUUUCUAGCAGUGUUGUAUCUAGGACUCUUGCUUGAAAUGGAGGAGUUGAUUGGGAGUGGAGUGGGGCUCGAUGAUUUGAUCAUAAUAAUCUUAAUAACUGAAGGGAUGUUAAGUUGCAAAAUUUGGUUAUAUGAGGAUUUUUUUGCUUUAAAACUUUCAGUGGGGGUCUGGGGGAAGAGCUAUUUUCAGGAAGGGGGGGGGGAGGGACGUGUACACACAAACCCUAGAUACGGCACUGUAUUCUAGUUGAAGUUAGUUAUAUAGUUUAUUUUGAGUUUAAUAGUUGUACUGUUUUGUUAUAGUUUAUUAGUGAAAAUUUAGAACAAUCAUAAAGACAUUCCCACAUUCAAGAACAUGGAAACUUCAAUAUAUUUUAGUGUUAGGUUUUUUACUGAAUAGUAACAAGAGACAAUUGUUGACCAAUUGUAGAUGGGUAAAUCUUUUACUCUAUUUUGUUAGUAGUUGACCAGGCUAAACUGAAAACUGCCCGUAUUCCUCCAAUCAGAUCUUGCCUCGAAAGUAAUACUAGAACCAUCCAUACAGCAAUGGCCUAAAGUUCCUCACUCUCUAAUUGCCAUUAGACGGUGAAAGGUUAAUCGCAAUACAUGCAUAUAUACUAAGUACAGUACCUCAAUUAUCAAGAUAUUGAUAAUUCAGAAAGGGAUAUUAAAAUGAUUUUUACAGAUUCUUAUCAUUGGGUAAAUUAUUAUUUUGUAGUGUUUUCAAACACUACAAAUUGUCAAUAUGAAGAAAUAAAUGAACUUAAAAAUACUA